AUGGCGUAUAGGAGAAGGCAACAACGCCGUCGGAGAAACAAGUCUAGAGUGGCGAGAGGGUUAAUCGACCGUAGCAACCCUCUUGAAACCAUGUCUGAGGAAUCGGUGUUUGCCCGCUAUCGUUUCCGACCUGAAACGAUCCUGUUCAUAGUGUCCCUGGUAGCUGGCCAGCUGAGGAGAGAGACCGCUAGGAGCUGCCCCCUGCCUCCUCUCACGCAGGUGCUCGUCUCUCUCCGGUUUCUGGCGACCGGUGGGUUUUGUUACCUGAUUGCCGAUACGUACCGCAGCAUUUCCGCAUCGUCGGUGUAUCGGUCAAUCAGGGACUUUUGUGGAGCUUUGGUUCCCCUGGCACAGCGCUACAUUAAGAUGCCCGUGGACACGGACUCAUGCAAGUCCAUGUUUUACAAGAUUGCAGGUAAACAUCUUUAUUUUUCUUAG